GUGACGGCCAGAGACCGACCUGUGGACUUUGCUCGAUAUGCAAGAUCGACUGCGAGUAUCCCCAAGACUCGAAUGAAAAGCGGAACAGUGCCGCCCACCAGGACGAUGCCCUCAUGCACCGACUCGAGACGAUUGAAGCGAUCCUCAAACAGCAACUAAGCCGGCCGCAAACGACGCCCGAUCACAGCGAUAGGGACGCAAUGUCAAUUGGCACCAGCUCGCCGCCAGGCCCGCAGAAGGAGACAGAGUCACGGCACCAAGCUCAGCCCGAACAUCAGCUCGAGCACCCGCAGGCAGGCCAGCAGACAGGUCAGCAGGAGCACGAUCAGCGGCUGGAUGAGCAGCAGCACAUGGAGUCACAACCGAUGCCACGACUCCAUCAGCAAUUACCUCCGUCGAAUCUUGCGUCGCUCACGGAACGGCCAGACAGCCUUAUUCUCGAACCGACACAGUCGCGAACUGCUGGGUCUACGGACCAGACCUUGUCACCAUUCAGCGUUCCGAGUCAUUUCCAAUUCUAUCAGAGGGCUCCUCUCGGCGACGCAAGCAGCGAUCCAAUAGGAGACCUAGAGCUGGCGAGCUUCCUCCUUUCCUCCGGACCACCGUUGCCGACGUCCUCAUCAACCCGCCCGCGACACUCGGACGAAUACAUGAUGUUCACAGAAUCACAACCGCUGCCGAGCAGUCGAGGCCAGCCUGUCUCGGAAGAUGUUCCUGUGACCAUACCGACGGGACAUGACACCACGACCGACAGCCUGUUCUCUCUAAAUCCCAUCAAGAAAUUGAUCGGUGAUUAUCCUGAUGAUUUCUUUUACCAUUUCGAAUGUUCACGGACAUUUACACCGGUAUUCGACCUGCAAAAGGAUUUCGCUGCCUUAAUCGACGGCAUUAAAAUGGAUCGGACUACCAUGAACUCUUACAUCUCCGCAUUCUUCAACCAUUCUUGCCAGUCCUUCCCCAUCCUCGAGGAUAUUCCUUUCCUUGCCUUCUAUGAGAGGACCAUGCAAGGAGACCUCUGCCCAUCUUCGGAUGUUGCGCUUUGUCUGGUGGUGCUGGCGAUGGGCAAAUUUGUCCCUAGCAUUGGCACAAGCGGUGAAUUCCCCAACCUGCAAGAUGUCCCCGGCAUCGAGUACUUCUCUGCCGCACAUCAAAUUCUCACAUCUCAAUGGAUGGUGGAAAUGGAUUCUCCAGUCUCUCUCCCAGCCGCAAUGAUAUUGGCUUCUCUAUUCCUUUUUCAUCUCAACAAGCCUUUGCCUGCCUGGAAAAUGGUCUACAUGGCAUCCAGCAAACUGCAGCUGGCAGUAACCGGCUCUCUACCACACCCGCCGUGUGAGCUGGGCACGCGGGUUACAGAGCGACUUUGCUGGACGUGUUUCCUCUUGGAGUGUGAUGUUCUUGCCGAGUUCCACCUCCCGCGCAGCGGGAUUGAGAUCACGAUUGACCGCAUGCAUUUUCCUACCCUGGAUAACCCCAAUGAUCGAAGAGGACUUCUCUUCCUGGCAUUGUGCUCGGUGAGGAGGCUUCUAAAUCGCAUCCAUAACGCCAUUUAUGCAUCCAGCAUCAUUGCCGCAUUUGGUAACUACAGCGCCUCGCACACACGGGCGACGGACAUGUCGGCGACCUCUCCUGGCGCCUCGGUGGUCGCGUCCAUGGAGGGAAUCGUCAUCGAGCUGGCUCGCCAGCUUGACACAUGGUACUUCUAUCUACCUGAGAGCGUGAAGCCGGAUUUGUCCCAUAACAAGCCUCACGAUAAAUCCGAAGCUUGGGUCCGUCUUCGGUACUGGUCUGCUCGGCACAUCAUUUCGAGACCGUGCCUGAUAUAUGUUACCACGGUUACAGAUCAGGAGAACAUACCUAACUACGUGCAUAAGUAUUGCAAAAUUUGCGUCGAGAGUUGCAUGAACUACCUCGAAACCGCGAGCUUUGUCUUGUCCGGACGAACGCAGUAUACGUGGAUGACUACACAAGCGUGCCUUUCCGCUGUCUUCAUACUCGCACUGGCCUCUGAAACUCCAUCGAUACAACACCUCGUACCGGACAUCAAGCAAUUCGUCCAAAAGGUCAUUGUGAUGGUCAGGCCUUGGGCUUCGCCCGACUCGAGCGCAGGGUCAAUUCUGUGCAUUCUCCAGACAAUCUUGUACAAAAAGAGAUUCGCGCGAGCUGGAUGAGAACCCCAUGUUUGGCACGUUGGCCAAAAUUCAGAACCUCUGCUCAGUUGCGCAGUAUGGCCUGGAUUCCGCCUCCCUGGACAGGAAAAGCUCGGAAUUGCUUCGUUUUCAUCCGCUCAAAGUGAAAAUCUCAAGCCGCCGUUGGCGCAUACUACGCUGCCUGUGCACCACGCUGAGUCUUCUCCACAGACCAUACCUACCACAGCUGCCACCUCAGACCAAUAAGCAGGUCUCCUGCCUCCCAUCUUCUCGUUGGCCAAUUGUACCAGUUCAGGCCUGUCGACUCCUUCGCGCACGGCCGAGAGCGGCGUAGCCUGUUGGAAGGGAUCCAGCUGUUUCCAAAAUUCCUCGCCAGCUGCCCAGUACAUGUCGCCCUCGACCGGGCCUGGAUUUACAGCAUUGACUGUGGCACGCUCCGACAAUUCUCGUGCCCAAGUCCGUGUCAUGGCCUCCAGCGCAGCCUUGGUGCCCCCGUAUAGCGUGUGUGUCUUGAAACCCAUGGCUGAUGCUACAGACGAGAUGUUGACAAUGCGGCCGGAUCGGUCGUGAGGCAAAUACGGCAACACAGCCUGAGUGAUGACAAUUGGAGCAAGGACGUUGAUGCUAUAAAUACGGUGGAAUUCCGGAAUAGGAACUUCUCCUAAUGGAUAGUCACCUCCGACACCUGCGUUGUUGACGAGAAUGUUGAUAAGCAGCUCCCCGCCGCUGCUUGC